UCCAGCCGGGACCUUGGGCAGUUAUGACCUCCCAGGCCUCCGGCCACACGUCCGUGAUGUGAGACGGUCGCGAGAGGUGUUUUGUCGGGGGGCUGGGAGCUCUGAGUGAGGAGCUCAGCAGGAGGCAGAGCGCAGGGCCCGAUGGGCCAAAACGCCCAGAGCUCAUCUCGAUGCGGAGAGGAGGGGGGCUGUUACCUCGAUUCUGCACCAGAGAAAUGAGAGCGGGGGGUGACGCGCCCGGGGAGGAACUAGAGUCACACCCGGGUCCGGGCCCCCUGCCUCGGGCCACCUGCUCCUUCCAGACACAUCUGAGGGGAGACAAGGAGGUGGGGUCCGACCUCACAACGAGACUCUAGAGUAGAGGUGACCUCUCCCGGGGACCUUUCUGGGGCCGCAGACACAGCAGCCUGACAAUCUGAUGACAAAUCCACCAUAACAAUGACACUCGCUGGCCCCUGGCCUGGGUCUGACUUCCACGGGGCCCCUCGGCCCGCCGUGCCCGGGCAGAGCAGACCCCACAGCGACACUGAGGAUGCGUUCCCUGCCCAGCACGUGCUCUGUCCUGGGGGAAUCUGAGCAAGCGCUCCCGCUGACCCGACCUCUCUGCUCCAGGCCCUGGCCCUUCCACCCAAAAGGCUGCCCGGCCGGGUGGGGGCUACGUCCAUCUGAAGCACGCAGCAAAAGGCGCCUGCAGAGACGGACGCGCAGCCCUGCCCUUGGAGGGCAGAUACCCCAGCUGCCCAUGCAGGGCAGCUGGCUUCCCACAAGCAGACAAUGUUUGUCCAGGGCCCAGAAGGACGGGCAUGGAGCUGCAAGACUGGCCUCAGCAACGGCUCUGGAGGGCUGGGAGAUGGAAGCCCACAACCUGGAAACCGAGAAGGCGGCCCUUCCGUCUGAAGCCUCAGGAGAAUUUGUAUACAGCUGCUUCCGAAGCAAUGAUUCACCCCACGGGGUCCCCACCCUGCACGGCCAGCUGCAAACAUGUGCUGCCCUUCGAGGCAAAAGGAAGUAUGACCGAGAGUGAGGCCGGGGCCGGUGUGGCCCAGAGGGUAGCGGAUCGGGUCUCAGAAGAUUCUUCUCAGGCCUUGAAACUCAAUGGGCCCCUCCCUGCAGGAUUGUGAACUUGCCGGCAACGGGUGACGCCGCCACUCCCUCGAGUGUGUGCCUUUUGGAGCGGAACCGUCCAUCCCACACUUGCCCACCAUGGUAUUUGGGAAGCAGAUAACUUGUUUUCUAGCUUCAUGGGUCCACAGAUGGAGAGGACUCUUGCUUCAGGAUGGGUCAUACCCGGAGUGUCACCUGUACCUGAUUCGGAUGAUGGAACUUGGGACUUUUGAGCUGAUGAUACUUAAAUGGGAUUUUGGACUGAAAGUCAAAGCUCCAAUGGUGAGGCUUUGGGGAGCUGGGCUCCAGUGAACAUGUUCUGCACACGAGAUGGGCUUGGAUUUGAGGGACCAGACGGGUGGACUAUGGGUUUAGUGGCGGUCCCUAAAAGAUAUGUCUACCCAGAGUCUGUGAACGUGACCUCAUCUGGAAAGAGGGUCUUUGCAGAUGUAGAAAGAUCUCAGGAUAGUGCCCUCUCGCAUUGAGGUGAGUUCUAAGUCCUGCGACACACGUCCUUAUAAGGGAAAGAAAGGGGAGCAUGUGGACAAAAGGCAACGUGGUAAUGGAGGCAGAACUUGGAGCCAUGCCAAGGGCUUCCUGAGCCUCCAGAAGCUGGGAGAGGCGUCUCAGGACCUCCAGAAGGAGCCAUCCCUGCUGACACCUUGAGUUCAGACUGCUGGGCUCCAGACAUGGGGGGAGCCCGUGGGGCUGGUCACAGCAGCCCUGGACACUGACUCGCCUGAGUCUGAUCGAGUGAACUUGGACCACUUCCAGAUCCUGCGUGCCAUCGGCAAGGGCAGCUUCGGCAAGGUGUGCAUCGUGCAGAAGCGGGACACGGAGAAGAUGUACGCCAUGAAGUACAUGAGCAAGCAGCAGUGCAUCGAGCGGGACGAGGUCCGCAACGUCUUCCGCGAGCUGCAGAUCCUGCAGGAGAUCGAGCACGUCUUCCUGGUGAACCUCUGGUACUCCUUCCAGGACGAGGAGGACAUGUUCAUGGUAGUGGACCUGCUGCUGGGGGGCGACCUGCGCUACCACCUGCAGCAGAACGUGCAGUUCUCCGAGGACACCGUGCGGCUGUACAUCUGCGAGAUGGCGCUGGCCCUCGACUACCUGCGCGGGCAGCACAUCAUCCACAGGGAUGUGAAACCCGACAACAUUCUCCUGGAUGAGCAAGGACACGCACACCUGACCGACUUCAACAUCGCCACCAUCAUAAGGGACGGCGAGAGGGCCACCGCGCUCGCCGGGACCAAGCCGUACAUGGCUCCGGAGAUCUUCCAGUCUUUCGUCAAUGGAGGGACCGGCUACUCCUUCGAGGUGGACUGGUGGUCGGUGGGGGUGAUGGCUUACGAGCUGCUGCGAGGAUGGAGGCCCUAUGACAUCCACUCGAGCAACGCCGUGGAGUCCCUGGUGCAGCUCUUCAGCACCGUGAGCGUCCAGUACGUCCCCACCUGGUCCAAGGAGACGGUGGCCCUGCUGCGGAAGCUGCUCACCGUGAACCCCCAGCACCGCAUGUCCAGCCUGCGGGACGUGCAGGCGGCCCCCGCGCUGGCCGACGUGCUGUGGGCCGAGCUGAGCGAGAAGAAGGUGGAGCCCGGCUUCGUGCCCAACAAAGGCCGCCUGCACUGCGACCCCACCUUCGAGCUGGAGGAGAUGAUCCUGGAGUCGCGGCCGCUGCACAAGAAGAAGAAGCGUCUGGCCAAGAACAGGUCGCGGGACAGCAGCAGGGACAGCUCCCAGUCGGAGAAUGACUACCUUCAGGACUGCCUCGACGCCAUCCAGCAAGACUUUGUGGUUUUUAACAGAGAAAAGCUGAAGAGGAGCCAGGACCCCUCAAGUGAGCCCCCACCUGCGCCCGAGCCCGGGGAGGCGGCGGAGCUCCCGGCAGACAGCGAGGGGGCACUGUCCGCCCUGCCCACGUGCGGCUCCAUCUGCCCCUCGGCUGGGAGCAGCUAGGCGGCCCCCGGCCUGGACUUAACUCAGGUCACGUCAGAGACUCAGGGCCUGCAGGGGGCGGGCGGCGGGCGAGCCUAGGCUGCCCUUUCCCAGCCGAGCAGCCCAGCGCAUCCAGACCACGUGCUCACUGAACAGCUGACCACCGUGCCUGCCCUCGGUUCUGGGUGGAACAUGGUGACAAGUGGCAGUCAUGUGGCCGAGAGCGGUGGGCAGGGAGGGUGGGCGCCCCCUGGGCUCUGGUGACUGCGGUGGUGGAGGGAGGCAUGCAGCUGCCCACCCCUGGCCCUCCUGGUGGCCCCCUGACCGGGCCGUGGUGGCACAGGCGCUCUGGUCCCCUGGACGUGGCUGCCCCCCGGGGUGAGCUUGCUGCCCGGAGCUGUGGGCCGGCCCAGGGUCUGCUGGGUUCUUGUACAUCAAGGUGGGGGGGGCAUGGGUGUGAAGAAUGUUUUACAAACUGUU